GCCCGGCGCGGCCCGGGCGGGGAGCGGAGCUAGGCGGGAGGCGGCCCGGGAUGGCCAGGAUGAACGUGGCCCUACAGGAGCUUGGACACGCCAUGCCCAACUACAAGCGUGCCACGCUGCAGGAUGAGGAGGGGCCGGAGCCAGCUGGGGAUGGCAGCGCCUCUCCCGACAGCGUGGAGGUGGGGUUUCGGAAGGCGCCGGGGACGCUGCUGAGCCGCCUGGCCUCGCGCAGCCAGCUGGAGCUGGUGCUCUGCGCCGUCGCCAUCUCCCUGGCCCUGCUGCUCAGCGUUGCCAUCAUCACUCUGGCCAUUCAGUACCGCAGAGAUCCCUCUCACAGCACGUGCCUGACGGAGGCCUGUGUCCGGGUGGCCAGCAAGAUCCUGGAGGCCCUGGAUACAGAGAUGGACCCAUGCCAGGAUUUCUACCAGUACUCGUGUGGGGGCUGGAUUAAGAGGAACCCGCUGCCCAACGGGCGCUCCAAGUGGAGUACCUUCAACAGCAUCUGGGACCAGAAUCAGGCCAUCAUGAAGCAUCUCCUAGAAAACGCCACCUUCAACUCCAGCAGCGAGGCGGAGCGGAAGACACAGCGAUACUACCUGUCCUGCCUCAAGGAGCAGAGGAUAGAGGAGCUGGGCUCCCAGCCCCUCAUGGAGCUCAUUGAGAAGAUUGGAGGAUGGAACAUCACUGGCUCCUGGAACCAAACCAGCUUCAUGGAGGUACUCAAGAGCGUGUCAGGCACUUACCGGGCAACCCCCUUCUUCACGGUGUAUGUGGGUGCAGACUCCAAGAGCUCCAACAGCAACAUCAUUCAGGUGGACCAGUCAGGGCUUUUCCUCCCAUCCCGGGAUUACUAUCUGAACAAGACUGCCAACGAGAGGGUUCUGGCAGCAUACCUGGACUACAUGGUGGAGCUGGGCACACUGCUGGGGGGCACCCCGGAGCCCACCCGCCUCCAGAUGCAGCAGGUGCUGGACUUUGAAACCCAGCUGGCCAACAUCACCGUGCCGCAGGCUGAGCGGCGGGAUGACGAGAAGAUCUACCACAAGAUGAGCAUCGCCGAGUUGCAGCUGCUGGCCCCUGCCAUUGACUGGCUGGAUUACCUGUCCUAUGCCCUGGCCCCACUGGAGCUGACAGACACGGAGCCUGUGGUGGUGUAUGGGGACACCUACCUCCAGCAGGUCUCUGACCUCAUCAAUGACACUGACAGGAGCAUCCUGAACAACUACCUGAUCUGGAACCUGGUGCAGAAGACGGCCUCCAGCCUGGACCAGCGUUUUGAGACAGCCCAGGAGAGGCUGCUGGAGACACUCUAUGGCACUAGGAAGUCCUGCACGCCCCGUUGGCAAACCUGCAUCUCCAACACGGAUGACACACUGGGUUUUGCGCUGGGCUCCCUCUUCGUCAAAGCCACCUUUGACAGGGACAGCAAGGCCAUUGCUGAGGAGAUGAUCAGCGAGAUCCGUGCAGCCUUUGAGGUGUCCCUGGACCAACUGGACUGGAUGGAUGAGAAGACCAGGCAGGCUGCAAAGGAGAAGGCAGACGCCAUCUAUGAUAUGAUUGGCUUCCCUGACUUCAUUCUGGACAACAAGGAGCUGGAUGAUGUCUAUGAUGGGUACGAGGUCUCUGAGGACUCCUUCUUCCAAAACAUGCUCAACUUCUACAACUUCUCUGCCAAAGUGAUGGCCGACCAGCUCCGGAAACCCCCCAACCGCGACCAGUGGAGCAUGACCCCACAGACUGUCAAUGCCUAUUACCUGCCCACCAAGAACGGAAUCGUCUUUCCUGCUGGGAUUCUCCAGGCUCCCUUCUACGCCCGCAACCACCCCAAAGCCCUUAAUUUUGGUGGCAUCGGUGUGGUGAUGGGGCAUGAGCUGACCCAUGCAUUUGAUGACCAAGGACGGGAGUACGACAAAGAGGGAAACCUGCGGCCAUGGUGGCAGAACUCCUCGCUGGAGGCCUUCAAGAACCGGACGGCGUGCAUGACAGAGCAGUACGGCCGCUACACCGUCCACAGCGAGAAGGUCAACGGGCGGCAGACACUGGGCGAGAACAUCGCGGACAACGGCGGGCUCAAGGCAGCCUACAACGCUUACAAGUCCUGGCUGCAGAAGAACGGGGAGGAGAAGCGCCUGCCAGCCCUGGGGCUCACCAACCACCAGCUCUUCUUCGUGGGUUUUGCGCAGGUGUGGUGCUCCGUCCGGACGCCCGAGAGCUCCCACGAAGGGCUGGUGACCGACCCCCACAGCCCCGACAAGUACCGUGUCAUCGGCACCCUCAGCAACUCCCGGGACUUUGUCGAGCACUUCGGCUGCCCCCUGGGCUCCCCCAUGAACCCCGGCAAGCACUGUGAGGUGUGGUAGGGACGGGGAGGGCGCUGGGGACAGAGGGGAUGAUGCUCUGCUGUGCCCCCCCCUCCCCAGACCUCAGUGGCUGCCGGAGCUGGCCACGGGCAGAGAGCGGUCCCCUCCUGUGCUCACACUGCACACCCCACCUCUGCACCCUCCCCGGCACACACGGCCCCACACCAGGCACCCACCGCAGCCCCAUCCACGGCUUGGGGCUGGACACGGCCGGCAGAGAGGCUGUAGCACCCCUAAAAACGCAGCUCUGCCCCCUAACCCUGAUGUGCUCGAGUCAGGCACAGCUCAGUGUGCGCUGCGUCCCCCCCCCCUCCUCAGGCGGGCAGGUCAAAGCGGUUCCAGGGAAAGCACUAGAGCCAAGAUCCCCCUGCUCCUGCGCCCCAAACCUGCCGGAGAUGGAGGCUGGGGGCCGCCCGGCUCCGCGCUUCCCUUGUCCCCUCCCACUCCAGCUUGGCUUCCCCAUUCACCUCUGCUGGGACCAGCGGGCGGCAGCGGGGACUCUGGUGCCUUCAGCUGUGGGUGGCUGUCGCCGAGUUUAUUUAACGAUUAAAAGCAGUUUCCACUUA